CAUUAGAUUUUAGUGUUGAAACUUUUUUUCAUAAUACAAGUCAGCCAUUAGUACAUCCAUUAAUUUUAAUGACAACCAUGAAAUCCAUAAAUGUGUUGAUUAUUUAUACGUAUAUUAAUUUAGUUACAGCUAGUGAUGCCCCCAAAUUAAUUAUUUACAAGAAUUAUUACCUUCAAAGCGAAGGCACCAAAUUCCGUGUCUUGUGUUCAAUACAGAGGGGAUCAACUCCUCUGUCUUUUCAAUGGCUUAAGAAUAGGGAACAGUUAACAAAUAGUCGCUAUAAGAUUGAAACAAAUGAUGAUUUAUCUAUACUGACAAUUGAUAAAAUCACAAAAAGUGAUUCAACAAACUAUACGUGUGUUGUUAGCAAUACUUAUGGCACAGAUUCACAAACUGUUGUAUUAGAUGUUAAAGUACCGCCGACGUGGCUGAAGGAACCGCAGGACAUACGCGUCAAAUCAGGUGAUGAUGUGGUCGUGGAGUGUAUCGCCGAUGGAUUACCCAAACCAACAGUUAAAUGGAUCAGCUCUAAAGGAAAGGUAAUUCCGGGUGAAGUAUUAAAUUUGGCUAACUUUAAGGUCGGCAGUAGUGAAGCGUAUGAAUGCAUUGCAGACAACGGUAUCGGAGACUCAUUGAAAAAGUCUAUUAAUGUUUUCUUCAGCGUUCCGGCAAAGUUUGAUGAGAAAUAUAGUGUACAACAAGUGAAAAGGGGUGAAAGCGCGCGAUUGAAAUGCAAUGCAACGGGUGAUCAUCCCGUAACCAUUAAAUGGACCAAAGAUAAUGCCAAACUUGAAAAGAUUGGAUCGCAUAAUUUUGAGAUCAUUGAGAGUAUUACAGAUUAUGGAUUAGUAUCGGAAUUGUUGUUACGUAUUACUCAGCGAACUGACGGUGCUAUCUAUAAAUGUGAGGCCGAGAAUACACACGGAAAGGAUGAGCGCACUAUUAAACUGGUUGUUCUCGAGAUUCCCGGACCACCAAAGACAGUACAUGUGAAGGAGGUUUGGUCGCGUACGGCCAGCAUUGUCUGGUCGGCGCCCUAUUCAGGCAAUUCUCCCAUUUCUAAGUAUACAAUACAGUAUUGGCGACAUCAAAGUGCACCGCAUAGACUCAAUGAGUUUACUGUCAGUAGUACUCAGACUUCGGCACUUAUUAAAGAUUUGAGUCCUGGAUUGUCGUAUGAGAUGACUGUUGUCGGUGAGAAUGAGGUCGGAAGAGGUGAAGCGGCAGAUACUGUAAAAUUUACGACCGGUGAAGAAGAACCAUCAGCUCCUCCUAAUGAUAUAUCAGUAGAGGGUAAGGGCCCCACUACUAUUAGGAUCACAUGGAGGGCGCCUCCCAAAGAGCAUUGGAAUGGUGUUAUAAAAGGUUAUUAUGUGGGCUACCGUAAGGCACGUGAGACAAACCAUCCGUUUACUCUAAAAUUGGUUGAAUCCAAACCCAAUCAGAAGUCGGCCGAAUCGGAAUCAUAUGAAUACUUUUUGCGCGAUUUAGUCAAAGGUAAUGAAUAUGCAAUUGUUGUGAAGGCAUACAACUCAGCUGGAAGUGGACCGCAAUCUCAUGAGAUGUUCGCCCAUACCUUUGAUGGUGAUCUACCACCCGCUCAAUUGUUGAGUGCCAUGGAAUCUACUAAUACGUUGAUAACAGUGCGAUGGCAUCAAAAAGAUAUCCGAGAAUCUCAAACACCGACGCAAAGCUUUACAUUACACUAUCAACGAGAGGGUGAAUCCAAAUGGAAGGAAGUGCCGAUAUCAUCUCUUGUAACGCCCGCACCUAUUACUGAAGGAUCAGCACUCGCAUCCUAUAACUAUAAUUUGGAAAACCUGGAGUCAGGCAUUCAAUAUCGGCUGUUCGUUACUGCAGUUAACAGAUAUGGUUUCAGUGAUCCCAGUAAUGUAGUAAUUGCCCGAACAGAUGGUGGUGACAUUAAAGUGCUUGAAAGCGAGAUUUUCAACCAGUUCUUCAACGACGGACCCUAUUAUUUGCAGCCCUCCUUCACAAUCCCUUUACUCUCUGCGGUUGUUAUUAUCAUUAUAGUCAUUAUAUCGGCAUUUGUUUGCGUCAGAAGAAUUAAUAGGGAAAGGGCUGCGGCUGAGGGAUUUAUUAUGGACAGCGCAACCCUACAUAAGCAGUUAGCCGGACAAAUGGGAACCACACCUCGAUAUAUGGACUUUGAUAAACCUAGUGGUAAACCAUUGAUGAUGACAGAGGCCGGUAACGCGUAUCCGACGCCAUACGCAACAAUUCCAAUGGGAGGCUUAGAUGGAUGUCAAUUCCAAACCCAUCCAUCGAUGAUGAAAAACAGUCAUAUAUACGAUCACCCCCACAUAUUUUAGAUUAUACCCAGUGAUGGCACAAUGAAUUAUAUGAUGAAUGAAUAUUGAAAGGAAAGUGAUUUUUGUUAGACAUUAAUACAAAUAUCGUAUUCAUAAUGUU